AUGAGCUGAGUGUCUUGCGGUCCCCUCAGUCGGUUGUGUUUCGGGAGGAGUUGGCCGAUUCCCGGCGAGCGGAUCCCAGAUGUGGCUGCACUGACCAUGGGCUUUUCUAUUGAUGAGGACCUUUCCUGGCCUGGGCUUGCAGUGGGUGAUCUGUUUCACAGACCACGAGCUACUGUGCUGGUGACAGUGAAGGGAGUGGACAAGCUCAAGUUGCCUGCGAAAGGGUUUUCUUACCCUAUUGAGAAUGCCGUUCCUUUCAGUCUUGACAGUGUUGCAAAUGCUAUUCAUGCUCUGUUCUCUGAGGAGACCCCCGUGGUGCUGCAGCUGGCCCCCAGUGAGGAGAGAGUGUACAUGGUGGGCAAAGCCAACUCAGUGUUUGAGGACCUUUCUGUCACCCUGCGCCAGCUGCGGAACCGUUUGUUCCAGGACAGCUCCAUUCUCAGCUCCCUUCCCCUCAACUCCCUCAGCAGAAACAACGAGGUUGACUUGCUUUUUCUGUCAGAACUACAAGUCCUACAUGACAUUGCAAGCCUGCUGUCUCGGCACAAACUUAGCCAAAGAUCACUCCCCAGACCUGUAUUCUCUGGAGCUGUCUGGUUUGGAAGAGGUUGGAAAACGUAUGGGGAAGACUCUCAGCAGUUCAAGGAUGCUUCUCAGAUUCUUGUGGACUCUUUGCAAAAGUUUGCAGAUGAGAUGUUUAACCUGUAUGGUGGGAAUGCAGUAGUAGAAGUGGUGGCUGUGAAGGAGUUUAAUUCUCCCCUCAUAAGGAAGACUCGCUCCAUUCUCCAGGCUUCACAGGCUAAAAAAGACAAUCCCUACAACCUUGCUUACCCAUACAACUACAACUACUCUGUGAUCUUCAACAUUAUUCUGUGGAUGAUGAUAGGUCUUGCUUUAGCUGUGCUAGUUAUCUCCUACAACCUCUGGAACAUGGAUCCUGGCUAUGACAGCAUCAUUUACAGGAUGACAAACCAGAAGAUAAGAAUGGAUUGAACUGCACCGUGAAGAUGAAGAGUAAGGUCUCCUUUAAACUGUGUGGAAAACAAAUAUCCUGACAUGGUUAAUUGUGGUUUUUUUUUUUUAAAAGGUGUAUUUAUUUCUAAGUAUUUUUCCCUCUCAAGACUAUUUUAAAUGUUAGUAGUAGCACCGGAUGGGAUUUAGGAAUUAAAAUUGCUCGUUUAAAAAAACCAAACCAACAACCCCCAAAGUAAUUGUUAUUAAAGUAACAUCAUUCCAUUUUUUUAAUCAUGCACCACGAGUUUUUGCCGUGCCCUGUAGUGCCUGUGGCUGUGUGCAAACCAGGUCAGUUGAGGUUACAAUAGCAACUUGUUUGAAACUUU